CCCAGUGCGGAUGUGUUUUUUGGUUUUGAUUUUGUGGUCAACAUAAGGCGGCAAACGAAUUCGAAAUAUCUGCCUUAACAAAAUAUAACAAGAAACAAAACAAAGGAAAAGAAAAAAUAAACUAUAAGUUUCAAUUUAAUAAAUGCAUUAAUAAUUUGUCAUUAGUCAAGUAAAGCGAAAAGUGAAGAAGAGUUAUGCGAAUGUUUUCAGUUUUGCGGAAAUGCGAAAAAAGUGACAACAAUUGCAAUUAAAGUGGCAGACAGAGGAGAGAAAGAAAACAAAAGGAUUUGAGAUACACAGAUACGACACAUCCACAGCUGAUGAAAGCGACGCCCACACACAAACACACAAAUACAUAAACACAGUGAAAUAAGAGAGAAAAAAAUAUAAAAGAAAAAAAGCUAAUUAAUUAAUUUAUCAAGUGAAGACAACAAUAAGCGACAAACAACAAGAAUAGUUCAUUGAUCUAUAACUGUAAAUUGUGCAGCAUUUUUUUUUUGUAUCUGCAUCCCACAUAUAAAACAAAAAAUUGAUAGAAAGUUCAAAGUGCGCUCCAAGCAAGUGGAACUUUUUUUUUGAUACAACUUACAUACCUAUAUACAUACAUAUAUAUAGAAAGCAACAACAUGUCAACAUCAACGUCAACCACCUGCCAAAGUUCAGUGUUCAUAGUUUUAGGCACCCUGUUUUCCAUAUUGGCAGCAAGUCAAACGGCACCCGUUUCCACCACAACACAGGCAGAGAUCUAUCUCUCACAAUUCGGCUAUUUACCCGCCUCGGCUCGCAAUCCGGAGAGCAGUGGACUGCAGGAUAAACAAACAUGGGUCAGUGCCAUCGAGGAGUUUCAAAGUUUUGCCGGUCUGAAUAUAACCGGCGAACUGGAUUCGGAGACGAUGAAAUUGAUGUCUCUGCCACGUUGUGGUGUUAGAGAUCGUGUUGGUUCAGCCGAUAGCCGAUCGAAACGUUACGCCCUCCAAGGCAGUCGUUGGCGUGUCAAGGCUUUGACAUAUAAAAUCUCCAAAUAUCCCAAGAGAUUGAAGCGUGCCGAUGUUGAUGCUGAAAUUGGUCGUGCCUUCGCCGUCUGGAGUUUGGAUACCGAUUUGACUUUCACUCGCAAAACUUCGGGACCAGUUCAUAUUGAAAUCAAAUUCGUUGAAGGAGAGCAUGGUGAUGGUGAUGCAUUCGAUGGUCAAGGUGGAACUCUGGCUCAUGCCUUCUUCCCUGUUUUUGGCGGCGAUGCUCAUUUUGAUGAUGCUGAAUUGUGGACAAUUGGUUCAUCGCGUGGCACAAAUCUCUUUCAGGUGGCUGCCCAUGAGUUCGGUCACUCGUUGGGUCUCUCCCAUUCGGAUCAGAGUUCAGCAUUGAUGGCACCAUUCUAUCGUGGCUAUGAGCCUGUAUUUAAGCUCGAUGAUGAUGAUAAGGCGGCCAUACAAUCCCUCUAUGGCAGAAAGACCACCAAUACCAAUCAGUAUACUCCAACAUUUAACUCACCGCCCAGUACACAGAGGCCAACAUCGUUUACACCACCCCGAACGCCCCUGGAUGAUUCCAUUUGCAAGGAUUCCAAAAUCGACACAAUCUUCAAUUCAGCUCACGGAGAUACAUAUGCCUUCAAGGGUGAUAAGUUCUAUAAGUUGACCACAGAUGCCGUCGAGGAGGGUUAUCCACAACUGAUCUCCAAGGGUUGGCCCGGUUUGCCAAGCAAUAUCGAUGCCGCAUUCACCUAUAAGAAUGGCAAAACAUAUUUCUUCAAGGGCACACAAUAUUGGCGCUACAUGGGCAGUCAAAUGGAUGGUGUUUAUCCCAAGGAAAUUAGCGAAGGAUUCACUGGUAUACCCGAUCAUCUGGAUGCCGCAAUGGUUUGGGGUGGAAAUGGCAAAAUCUAUUUCUUCAAGGGUAGCAAAUUCUGGCGUUUCGAUCCGGCCAAGAGGCCACCGGUUAAGGCUAGCUAUCCCAAGCCAAUUUCAAAUUGGGAAGGUGUACCAAAUAAUUUGGAUGCAGCACUUAAAUACACAAAUGGUUAUACAUACUUUUUCAAGGGCGAUAAAUACUAUCGUUUCCAUGAUGCUCGUUUUGCGGUGGAUACGGCCACACCUCCUUUCCCCAGACCCACUGCUCACUGGUGGUUCGGUUGCAAAAACACGCCCUCAUCUACAGGUAAUUUAUUUGAUGAAAAUGAUGCUGAUGCUGAAUCCGAGCAACGCUCACAACUUAAUCUUGAUAGUGAUGAUGAUGAUGAUUUAGACUUGGAUGCAGCUGUUGGCGAUCAUCAAUCCAAUGAUGAACCGGAAACCGCUGAGCGUGCAGGAACAUCGGGUGCCACGACCUUGAGCAAAUCCUCGAUGGGCGGCAAAUCAGCUGCCUCCGUGUUAUUCAGCACUUUCCUGCUCUGUUGCAUAACCAAGUUCAUUGUUAGCUAAGCAAAAACACAAAAAAAAAACCAAGAAAAGUUGACUAUAAAAUAUAGAAAUAUGUGUGUAUGACUAGGAGCCAAAUACAUUCAAUAACAUCAACAACAACAACUCAAGUAAAGUUUUUAAAAUUUUACGAGCACGUUGCAAGAAAACUAAAAAAAAUAUCAAUAAAACAAAACUAAAUGCCUUUAAAACCAUUGGAUCGAAUAUUAAAACAAAAAAUUGCGAUGAAAAUCAGGUGCCUUAUAAUGUAAACUAAUUAACUUUUGCUGUUGUGUACAUAAAGAUAAAAAAAAAACUUAAACGAAAGUCAAAAUAGUUAUUAACAUUCCGCCUUAAUAGACAAAAAAAAAAAACAAAAAAAAAAAUGAAACACAUAAGUCACAUAUCAUACAAUAUAGCAAAGGAAAAAAAUUUUUAAUAAUUUUAAUGACAAUUUUUGCGAUAUUAAAUUUUACGAGCCAUAUGUAUAAUAUGAACGAACACAAAAUGGAGAAAAAAAAAAAC